AAUAUGACUGAGUUAAAAAAAAAAACAGAAUGUCGAAUAUAAGAAAUAACGCAUAUGAAGGAAAUUGAAGUCUCAUGUGAUAUUGAUCUGUAUUUCCCUUAUAUAUUUUACACACUGUUUUAUGAAAGUUAGCCCUGACAAGUUUUAAGUUUAUAACAAUCAGACAUAUUUCUCAGCUCAUCAAAACUGAGGAUGUCUACUGUCAACUAGCGGGCAACUAGCUUAAUUUGUCAGACGACAAGUUCUGUAUAAAGUACUGUGGUACGUCCAUACCGAGUCUAGGAAUCAAGACUAACCGUCCCGGCCGUGUGGAUUACCAUUUCUUCGUCGUGAAAACUCAAGUCUCAAGAUGGCGACGCCCACUGCUUUGCUAGUUUCCUGCUCUUCAAGCGUAGAUGCCCAUGGAAUAAUGAAAAAAAUCACAGAAAAUGAUUCUGGAACACCGUUCACCCCCAUCGCGGAAGAGGUAGAGGGUUACCCUUGGCAGCUCAGCAACAAGUACUACACAGCGGACAUCUUGGUGUGCAUAGCUAAACCCUGUAUCAUGGGGUCGCUCUCUCUCGGAGAAUCCAUGGAGGGCAUUAUAAUCGCUAUGGAUGAUAAGGCAGAUAGCUUCAAGACUGCCAAGUCUCAGUGGGCCAUAGUCAAAGAGAUCAGCCCGGAAAUCAGAAUUCUUGCUUGUAAACAAUUUACCAGAACACCAGGAGUAUCUAAGCAAGUAAUCUUAGAGUGGUGUCUGGACAAUAGUUUUGAGCUGGUAGAGUUAGAAAGACCUGAGAAUGAAGAGGAUGAAGAAGAAGAUGGAUUCGGUACAGUGCCAUAUGGUGUGGAGAGGAUAGUCUCGGCUUUGCAUGCCCACACAUGGUCAAAUCUAGAGAUGAAAGAAGACAAUCGAUCAAACUUGCUGAGACUUCAAGAGAGGUUUGGGGAGAAUGACAACAGGACGGAGUCCGAAAACCACACGUCUUCCAACGAUGCUUCCACGCAAGGAUACAUUUCUUUCUGCGGGGUCGACGAACUUCCCUCCGAAGAUCCUGAAAAUCAAACAGACCAAGAACAUUGCCACACAACCACGGAAACAACAGAAUCUUCCCCCAGGGACAGUAAUGUGAGGACUAUGUCUACAUGUGAUGAGGGGAGGGGGGAUAAUGGGGAUGGGGCUCAGGAUGUGGGUUGUCGUGGCAGCAGCAGCAGCGGUCCUGAAGCAACAAGUGCUCUUUCAGAAGGAGCCAAUGCAGCAGCAAGCGGUGAGACGCCGGAGAAGACCAAAGAGAAAGCUACGGCCGGUCUGGAUAAAAUAGAUGCUCUGCUCGAUGAGGAUAGGCAGGUCUUUGAAGCUCUUGGAAAUGAGGAUCCAGAAAUGGAAUCCUUUGAACUACUCUUUUCCAGAAUGGCUGACAUGAAAGAGAAAGCAAGUAACUUGGAGGGUGAGGAGAGGAGACAGUAUGCCGAGAAAGUGGCUGUUGCAUUCUGGAGAGCGAUAGGAGGGGACGAAGGAGAGAUAGGUGGACUGGAUGAUGAUUCAGAUGAAUGAUGAUGGAGGAGCGUGGGAGGAAGGCAUGGUGAGCGAUAGAAGGACUGAUAAUUAAAGAGCCUGAUGAUGACGGGAGGAGUCAGUGAAGGAAUUGAAGGAGGAAUGAAAGGACAAGAAGAUGAUGCUAAACUGAUGGUGCAGGAGGAGUAGGAGGCCAGAUAGAUAGAACUGAUGACAUCUCAGACCAACAGAGGAAAUACAUGGGGGCGACUUUUGAUUUCGCCCUCAGGACACCCCCAAAUCAACCCUAAAAUCCCCCAAAUAGAAUGCUUUGGGGCGAUCUUCUGUUCUAUAGUGGCUGCAAGAUCUCCCACAGACAAUAAAAAUCAGAAAAUCAAUUUUCUACAUACAGCAGGAUAAUGAGAAAUGCUUUUAAAGCAUAAUUGUUGUUGCAAACAAAAGUAGCCCUUGAAAUGAAAGAAUUAGCUCAAAAUUUUGGGAAGUCGCCCCAAUUUGUUAAAAAAGAGCCCCUAAAAUUAUAGCAUAUUUCCUUCCCUUUAUCUCAGACUUAGAGAAUGGUGGAACACAGAAGUGAUCAGAAGACAAAAUAAGGAAUUGAAGGAAAACUGAAUGGAUAAGAAAAAGAUUAGGACAUUGAAUUUUGUCUGACUGAUACCUGAUGAGAACUUGAAUUUUUUUUGUUUUGAAUAAUGUUUUAUUUUCUUCCUCUUGCAAAUCAAUAAGUUUACAAUCACAAUUCAUAUAAAUAAAGAUUCUUUGUAUGUAGACAAUAAAUAAACAAUCAAACAAAUAAAUAUAUCAAUAUCAAUGAGAUUACAAAUAUUUUUAAAAUGAUUACAAAUGAAAUUAAACUGCCAAAUUUCUCUUCUAUAACAAUGUGAAAGCAGAGGGGAAAAACCCAUAUCAAUCGACAAAAAAAAAACAUACUUUGUAAAAGAUGACUUUUUUCCCUGAAUAGAAUAGAAAUAAUCUCUUUUGCACAUAUUGAUUGUACAAGAAAUAAAAAAAAGAUAAAAGAUUAUUUUAAAGGUUAAUUAGAGGAAGGUUAUUAUCCUAAAACGUCCCUACACACUCACCUUACCCCCAUACCCCCUCCCCCCUCAUCUCUCUCCCCAGACACUCACACACAACUCACCACCACCCACAGCUCCCCCCCCCCCCCUCUUCCCUGUCACAAAACUCACACAUCCAUCUACACACGUACACCCACACACGAUGCAUCCUGCUCUGGUACAACUAUCUGUAUUUGAACGAAUAAAUAAAACAAAACAGAAACAAAAUGAAGCAACCAAUACAUCCAUAGUAUUAAGAAAGGUAUGCAUUGAUUUGUUCCCAUUUCCUUAAGUGCACCCCCAGCUUCCCCCUUUAAACGCUAUUUGAUAUUCCGUAUCUCUAUACUCUUUAACCAAAUGUGUCACUUUCUGUACGGUUGGCAAUAUUCCCUGUUUUCUUGAACUAAAAAUAAUAUACUUAAUUAAUUAAUUAAUGAUAAGUUUGAAUUUAACAACUAUAGACCAAUAUCGAUUCUACCCUGUGUGUCUAAAUUAAUGGAAAAAAUUGUGCAAAAGCAAUUGCUUCGUUAUAUUCAAACUCAUUCUUUACUUUCUGCUUUUCAAUCUGGAUUCCGUCCGAAACACUCUACCAUUACUGCUCUUGCUAAGGUAACGGAUGACUGGUUUCAUUCUAUGGACAAUGGGCAGUAUACAGGGGCUAUUUUUAUAGACCUUCAAAAGGCUUUCGACCUGGUCGAUCAUGCAAUUCUCCUAUCCAAACUUAAAAAUAUUGGUAUAUCUGGUGAUGAAUUGCAUUGGUUCAAAAGUUAUUUGACUAAUAGAAGAAUACGUACAUCCAUUAAUGGAAUUUUAUCUGAAGAAAGGGUCAUUUUUAAGGGAGUACCCCAGGGAUCUCUCCUUGGACCCUUACUGUUCAUUUUAUUUAUUGAUGAUAUAAUUUCUGUAUUUAAAGAGUGCACCGUACACCUUUAUGCUGACGACACAGUAAUAUAUUUCUCACAUAAAGAUAUUAGAGUUAUCGAACUCAUCCUUAAUAAGGAGCUGGAAAGUCUAUCUGUCUGGAUGAACAGGAAUAAUUUGAAAAUAAACUAUGAUAAAACUGUAAGCAUGUUGAUUGGAACACCUAAAAUGCUUAAAAGGUCACAACAUUUACAACUAAAAAUUGACUGUCAUUUACUGACUCAAGUGAAUAGCUUUAAGUAUCUAGGUGUCUUUGUGGAUGAAAACAUGAAGUGGGACUAUCACGUAAAUUAUUUAUGUAAAAAACUGGGGAGAAUGAUUGGUUAUAUUGCACGGCUAAAGCAUUUUGUAAAUUUGUCAGAAUUAAAGUUAAUAUAUAAGUCAAUAAUUUUACCUCAUUUUGAUUAUGGUGACAUUAUCUAUCAAUCUGCAAACAAAUCUCUACUUGACCAACUUCAAAAAAUUCAAAAUAGAGCUGGAAGAAUAAUCUUGAAAAUUGACCCCUAUUCACACACUUCAACCUCUCAAAUUCAUUCUAUUCUUGGUUGGGACACUAUUCAAAAGAGACAGUAUACUCACUUGAUAUUAUUCAUGUAUAAGAUUUGUAACAACAUGUCCACUGAAUAUAUGAAAAAUUUGUUUCAUACAAAAGAUACUCCUUACCCUCUUAGAAAUGAAAAUAAUAUAUGUUUACCCAGACCUAGAACCAAUAGUUGUAAAAGAUCUUUCUCUUACCGAGCUGCAUCUGAAUUCAACAGAAUCCCUUUGUGCGUGCGUAAUGUCACCACUUUCAAUUCUUUUAAAAAUACAUUUUUGAAAUAUAUCUGUGCUAAAUGAAAUUAAACCACUGAUUUGUACCGGGGGGGGGGGGGGUAGGUGUAGGUUAUAUGAUUUUUCUUUGUUUUUAAGGAUUUCACUUAAUAUAUGUCUGAUGGUCAACUUUCUUUAUUGUAUGGUAAUCAUAGCAUUUUUGUAAGUAAACUGGCUCCAUGGAAGACCAGCAGCAAUGCAUUAUUGCAGCUGAAUAUGGACUACCAGCCGUAUAAUUUACUCUAUUUCUUACCUUUUAUUAUUGUAUCUUAAUAUUGACCUCAUCAUAUCAUGUUAUAUGUAUUUGUAUGUACUUUGUAUCUGUUAUUUUAUAUACGGAAAUAAAACAAACAAACAAACAAA